CCGUCUUCCACGCUUCAAUCAUUGAGUAAAUUUCUCUCUUGUUUCAAAUCUCAUACCCAUGGCGAUUCAAGUGGCAGCACCAUCAUCCUUUGGCUUCACCAGCAGCAAAGCCAAGUAUAGAUAUGAUGUUUUCCUGAGUUUCAGGGGUGAAGAUACUCGACUCACCUUCACUGUUCGUCUCUACGAUGCUCUGCGCCGGAAGGGAAUCAACCCCUUCAUCGACGACAAGAAGCUCGGGAAAGGGGAAGAGAUCUCGCCUACGCUUCUCAAAGCCAUAUAGAAAUCCAGGAUUUCCAUUAUUGUGUUCUCUACCAACUAUGCUACUUCAACGUGGUGCCUCGAGGAACUUGCCCACAUCGUUUGGUGUAGGAAAGAAAAGAACCAGGUGGUGAUGCCCAUCUUCUACAAGGUGGAUCCCAUGGAUGUUCAGCAUCAGAGAAAUAGCUUUGGAGAAGCCAUGGCUGAUCAUGAAGGUGGUAGGUUCAAGAAUGAACCGGAGAAAGUGCAAAAAUGGAGGUCCGCUUUGUAUGAAGCCGCUAGUUUGUCAUUUGCAUGGCUUUUCCAAGACGGAUGUGAAUCUGGGUUUAUUGAAAGGGUUGUCGAACAUGCAUAUUCUGUGAUACCUCCCAAACGCUUCCAGAACGUUGGUCAUAUGGUUGGAAUUGAAAAUCGCAUAGAGGAAUUGAUGUCAUUUAUGGAUAAGUCUGAUGACCGAGUUUAUAUGUUGGGCAUUUAUGGAACUGGCGGAAUAGGGAAAACAACUCUUGCAAAAGCUUUGUAUAAAUCAAUCUUCUACCAAUUUGAUGGUGCAUGUUUUUUGUUUGACGUUCGAGAAGAAUCAAAUAAAAAUCAAGGUAUUGUUCGUCUUCAACAAACACUUCUAUCAGAGAUUCUUGAGGAAAAGAAGAUGAAGCUUAGCAGUAUUGAUGAAGGAAUCUCAAACAUAAAACACAGACUCUCUAGCAAGAAGGUUUUGUUGGUUCUCGAUGACGUUGAUGAGUUUAAACAGUUAGAACAACUUGCAGGAGGGUGUGAUUGGUUUGGUUGUGGGAGCAAGAUUAUUAUAACAACAAGAAAUAAGGAAAUGCUAAUUUCACGUAACGUUGAGAAAACAUAUGAAUUGAAGGAGCUAAAUCGACUUUGCUCUCUUGAACUCUUCUGUUGGCAUGCCUUUCGUAUGAGCCAACCUCCAAGUGGCUAUGAAAAUAUGUCCGAUCAUGUUAUUAGAUAUGUACGUGGCCUUCCUCUAGCAUUAAAACUAGUAGGCUCCAAUUUGGCACAUAAGGACUUUGAAGAAUGGAGAUCUACAUUGGAACAGUACAAGAGAAUCCCUGAAAGAACAAUCCAUGAGGUACUUAAGAUAAGCUAUGAUUGCCUACCAGAUGGUGCUAAGCGUGUUUUUCUAGAUAUUGCUUGUUUCUUUAAAAAGAAGGCAUUAGAAUUCAUUGAAGACAUACUAGAAGCCUGUGAUGAUGGGGCAAGGUUUUAUAUUGAAGUUCUUGUUGAUAAAUCUUUGAUCACUAUUGAUGAAAAUAACAGUCGCUUGUACAUGCAUGAUCUCAUACAACAAAUGGGCAAGGAGAUUGUUAGGCAAGAGGCACCGUCAAAUCCUGGUCAACGCAGUAGAUUAUGGGAUCACAAAGAUGUUCUUAAAGUACUAUGUGAAAAUUCGGGAAGCAGUAAUAUUGAAGGAAUAAUACUAGAUGCACCUGAUCAAAAAGUGGAGUGGAGUGGUAUAGCAUUUGAGAAGAUGAAUAAUCUCAAGAUUCUCAUCAUUCGAAAUGCCCAAUUUUCAACAAAUUCCAAACAUUUUCCAAAUAGUUUAAGAUUGCUUGACUGGAAAGGAUAUCCUUCUAUGACUUUACCACCAGAUUUUUCUCCUUCGAAGCUAAUUUGCUUGAAGUUAAAUCGAAGUCGGUUCACAUUGGAAGAGCCAUUCAAGAAGUUUGAAUACGUGACAUAUGUGACAUAUUUGGAUUUCUCUAAGUGUAAGUUCAUUACUGAAGUACCUGAUAUGUCGCAAUUUCAAAAUUUAAAAACAUUGAUCUUCCGUAAAUGUCGCAAUCUGACCAAAGUUCAUGAUUCGGUGGGAUCUCUCCGCAAGCUUGAGAGAUUAGAUGUUAGCGUCUGCCCCAAACUUACAAGCUUUCCACAUGAAAUCAACAUGGCAUCUCUUCAAGAUCUUAACUUCAACCUUUGCAAAAGUCUUGACAACUUCCCACAUAUAGUAGGAAAGAUGGAACAUGUCUUUAUGGUUUCGGUAACAAACACUGCUAUUAAAGAGCUCCCACCUUCCAUUGGAAAUUUUCCAGAGCUUUUCGGCCUACAUUUAAGUGACUGCACAAGUCUCAGGGAGCUUCCAAAUAGCCUAUUGACGCUGCCAAAACUUAGGUAUCUUUUGUUGGAAGGCCUUCACCCUCUUGGUAGAGAAUCUUUCAAGAAACUGAUGCAACAGAGUCAAUCAGUUAUUUGCUGUGAAAAUAUAAAGACCUUGCAUCUCAGCAAUUUCGGUCUAUCGGAUGAAGACCUUCACCUAACUCUGAAAUGUUUUCAGAAUGUGGAAGAGUUGGAUCUUUCAAAGAAUGAUUUUGUGUCACUUCCCGAGUGCAUUAAAGAGUGUGCGUAUUUGGAGUGUCUAUAUCUGACUAACUGCGAGAGGCUAAGAGACAUACCAGAGCUGCCAUAAAUGCUACAGAACAUAAAUGCAGAGAAUUGCACGUCGUUAACUAUGGAGUCGAUGGGCCGUUUAUGGUCUCAGGUUUUUCUGAUGCUUUUAUAUUCUCCUUUUUCUUUUGCUAUUUUUAAGAUUAAUCAAAUUAAUCAUGUGACUCAUAAGGUACUCAUUAGUGAUCGGUCUCACAAGCAUAUGGCAUUAUAUAUAAUUAAACAACUAUAAUUAAACCAUGAAGAAAAAGUUUCAAGUCGGCACAAAUCUUUAAAACUAUCCCCACCUUAACUUCAUUUGUGUAUAUUUUUCUAUAUCAAAAAUAUCUAUCCACCACUCAAUUCAUCAAGAUCACCCAUAAAUUUUAUUUAUUGGUGUGAAAUAAUGAUAUAGUUGAAAAAUCAAAUUAUAUUUAUAAAUAAAAAAUCCAUAGAGUAAAAAAUAUUAGUAAAAAUUAAUUUUCCCAUCAAGCUCCAUCCUUAAUUGGGGAAUUUAGAAACUUAUAAAUGUAAAUGUAAUGAUAAAAAAGUUCUAUAAAUCCCAAUAAUAAAUAAUAGGAAAAUUAAAUCGUAGAGAAGUAUAGUAGUACUCAUACACAAAUGUUACCAGAUCUUUAAUUAUUACUUGAAGCAGGGAUCAAUAGUAACAUGAAAAUUACUGUUUAUACUCACAUUAGGUAACACUUUUUAAAAAUAGUACAAUGAAAAUUGUUGCCUAAAGGGAAAAAAAAAUUGUAGUGCUCCUAGAAGACUUUCUUAUUUAUCCAAAUUAUAAGGCAUUAUGUAAAAGUCUAUAAUGGUUUCCCCUUUCUACCCCCGAGUUUUAAUAGAUCUCAUCAAUUGUGAAUUGAGGUUUUACUUUCCUUUAAUUAUUUUAUUGACAACUUAAGCUAUGUAAUCUUUUCUCUUCUAUUUCUAUCAACAAAUAAAUGUACAAGCUAAAAGAUUUCUAACUUGAACUUUCUGCUUACAUGUCACUUGCUCUUUACGUAUUCUUUUAUUGUUAGUUUCAAAUCAAUUAAUGCCAUUGGUCGCUACUGUUUUGAUAAAUCAGGCAAAAGAUUCCUUUGUGGAAAUUGUUAUGCCAGCAACAACAUUUCCUGAUUGGUUAGACUAUUGUUGUAAAGGAGCAAAAUUGUCUUUUCGUGUUCGUAGAAAUUUCCCUCGUAUUGUCUUCGCAUAUGAGACGGGGAAAGCAAACACAAAGGGGAUUCACUUAGUGGAAGUUUUUGUGAGCAUCAAUAGUUGUAAUAAAAUGCCAUGGAUACAAAGUGAUCGUGUUGCAAGGAAAAGGGGUCGUGUUUGUUAUAAAGCUGGCGAUCAAGGUCAUGCAUAUUUCUUUGAUCUGCUUAGUAAUUUUAGGGAAGAAGAGUCGGAGGGGCUUAAUAAGUUUCUGGAUUUGGGUUGGAAUGACGUGGACAUACGAGUUACAUGUCAACCACCUGAUCUCUCCACAGUGAACUGUGGUAUUUAUGUCGAUAAGCAACAAACGAACAUGGAGAAUAUCCAGUUCAAGUCUCCUCUGCUUUCCAUGGUUGCUUCAAAAACUUCACUGAAACGAAAAGCGACAGCUUCUCAUCCUAACGAACCACACAAGAAGCACCUGCGAAGGUUCAAAGAGAAGACCAAUUACACAAAGAAAAGGACAAGGAAAACUAAACGACACCAAAUUUUUCAUUCCCAGUACAAGAGAAAGAUGUUUUUUCCUAUGGCUAAGCAUCUUUGGAGAGCUUUGUACUCUUAGGUAUCAAUAUUACCAUUAGUUAAUAAAAAGGAUUUAUGCAUAAUUGUUAAUUCCUAUGUGUCGAUUAAUUCCUUUUUUUUUUAACGUAUUAUCAGAAUAAAUUGAGUAUAUAUAUUUACGAUGUAAAUGUUAUGUUAUAUCUUGUUUCUAAUU